UGUUACAACACAACACAAACCCUUACCCCCACCCCCAACUCACCCACGCCGAAAAACACUCCAAACUUUCAGGAAAAAUCAUUCAUCAAUGGCAUCCUUCAUCUCAUCCAGCACAACUCUCCCAACACACACCCCUCUUAUCAACCCUAAAUUCAACCAAUCCCCCUUCUCUUCACUCCCAAUUCCCCCCAAUUCAAACCCUAAAAAACCCACUUCCAAAAACCUCUUAAUAUGCUUUGCUGCAAAGCAGCAGCAGCAGCAACAAAGUGGACCGGUGAAGAAACGCCAGUCUUCGAACAAUAAUAGCAAGAAACCGGCGAAGAAUAAGGGGAAAAAUGGGGGUUCUGGAGCUGGGUUUAAGAAGGGGUUUAAGGGAAGUGAGGAGGAGAGUGAUGAGUUUGAGGAGACCGGUUCUUCGUCCGGUAAAGCGAGGUAUCAGCCGCUGCCGUUGCCGAAACCGCCUGCUGGGUUUCUUGUCGAUGAUCAGGGGAGAGUUGUUGCGGUUUCGGAUAGGCGAAUUGCCACAAUUGUUGAUCCUGCAAAUAAUUUUCCGUUAGAGUGUGUUAUCAGACGAGUUUUUAGGAGUUCACAAGGAGAUGAAUGUAUGCUACUGUGCCCCAUUGAUACGCCUGUUCAGAUACUAAAGAGCACAAACUUUGAAGGAUGGUCAGCUGUCAGCGAUGAUGAAGUUGAAAAGAUCCUUCCUUCCGCCUCAUACGCCCUUGCCAAGAUACACAUGCAUUUGGUAUAUAGCGGGUUUUGCUACACAGCACGAGGAGGAUUUUGCUACACUGAGGACGACAUAUUUGAAUGUCGCACAGAUGAUGGCCAAGAUUUGGACGGCUUACCAACGGAAGGCGUAGAAAUAACAUGCUUUCAGCUGGACGGUUCUCAUUACAUGAUCUACACACCAUCUGAUCCACUUUUGUUUGUGGCUGUCAAGGAUGGCAAUGGUCAACUGCGAAUUGCUGAUGAUGAGGUGCUCGAGGAUCCCUUGACAGUAAGCGCAAUAGAUGAGGAAACCGAGUUCAACGCUUUAGUGGAAGAAGAGGCUGCUUUGAUAGAAUCACUAUUGGGCAAGAGGUAGCACAUUUCAUCAAAAUAACCAGCCACUUUACUCAAUAGUUCUUAUUUCAUUAUUUCCUAGAAAAAAAAGAUGAUAUGUAUAUAUUUUGACCACCAAGUGCUUAGCUUAAAUGGCAUCUGUUUUGUUGUUUUUGUCA